AUGGCGGUCCUGGCCGCGGCUGGCAUCGCGGGCUCGUCGCCCGUGGCCGCGCGGGCGGUCGGCGCACCUGGCGAGGUGGCGUGCGGCGGCCUCGUGGCGCCUCGGCGCGUGUUGCGUGCGGUGGCGCGGGCGUUGGAGGUCGAGGUUAUGGAGGUUCUCCCAGGGUUUUCUGGUCCGUCCCGCGGUUAUCAUAGGGCCCGCGGGAGCGACGGCAUGGCGACCGCGGCUGGCUCGGCCGCCCUCCUCGCGCUGGGCUUGCUGCUCCCGCUGCUGGCCAGCAUGCUCUGCGAGCCAGAGCCGGUGCAGCUGCUCCUCUCCGCGAUGGUCGCCUUCGCGUCGGUGGCCUCCGUCCCCUUCCUGGAGGAGCUGCUGCUGGCGCCCCCGUCCCCGGACCUCACCGGGGUGCUGCAGGGCCUGCGGUCCGCGGAGCACCUCAAGGGCUGGGCGGCAAACAGGACGUGGCGGGCCGCCCAGGAGCACGACGCCCUCGCGAACCUGCUGCGGAAGGUGGUCAGGAGCCCCGAGAAGCGCAGAGCUUGGGAGUCGGAGCUGCGCGGCGGCGCGCUAAACGACGCCAUGGCAGCUUCCAGGGCCCGCGUCAGGCUGCCCACGAGCGGCGACGACGAGGUCUCGCGCAUCUGCUUCCAGGUCGCAUUCUUCAAGGAGAACGCCGGGGGCUUCGACCUGCUCACGGACGAGAACGUCGGGGCCUUCGUGCAGGCCUGUCGCGAAGUCUUCGGGCAGAUGGAAGAGGAGGUGAAGGAGCGCCUGGGAUCGAUGCUGGAGCAGGGGCGGCUCCAGCACGCCGUCUACGAGAGGGGCGCCUUGGUCAAGAGGCCGCCCAACGACGACACGUGCGCGGACGCGUUCCCCUUCAAAACGCACGAGGAGCUCGUUCGGGAGCUUGGCCACGAGGACGCGAUGGUGUAUCAGUCGGAGGGCGUGCAGGUGCGCAAGGAGCGCGUCAUCCCGCUGUCCGAGGUCCAGGCGGCGUUCGCGCGCGGGGAGGUUGCGCGCGUGGACGCCACGCAGCUGCUGCCUGGCUGGCUGCUCAACGCUUCGCUGCCGGACCUGGCGGCGAGGUACCCGACCGCGGCGAAGACAGCACCGUGCAACGGUGCCUACAUAGACGACGAGCCCCUCCACCACAGGGAGCCUGGGCGCCUGUGGUUUCACUACGGGCGCUCGCAGGACUGCCACAGCGCGCUGGAGGACUUCACGAACCAGUUCCCCGUCUGGGGGCCCGACUCGCCAGAGGUGCAGAUGGGCCUCAGGGUGCUCCUCCCGUCCUUGAUCCCUCGAGAGUGCAAGAGCUACCCCACGCUGGCGGAGAUAGCGAGCUGGACGGCGUCGUUCGGAGAUAGCGAGCUCGGGCGCUCCGUCCCUUACGAGCUCUUCUUCAACAGGACGUUGCCUCUCGAGACCAAGAAGGAGUUCAAGCGCACGGUGGAGAGGCACCAGGCGCUGCCAUGCUGCCAGGUCAACGCGCGGAGGCUCCCCGGCUUCCCCGAGGCCCUGAAUUUCGCGGAGAAGCUCGGAGUCGGCCAUGUCGGGGCCACACCCACAGCUUCGUGUGGCCUGGCUCGACCCCGGGGCAGUUCCACGUGGACGAGUGGGACAAUGUGCAGUCGCAGGCGACGGGGUCGUGCGACGUCAUCAUCUUCCCUCCGCGCUGCUCCGGCUCCAUAA